ACCAUCUUCUUCCUCAUCUCCAAUGACAAGAACCAAUAUUGCCUCCAUCAUUCUCCUAUCACUUCUCCAUUUUUCAUUCCAUCAUGCUCCAUGUGAAGCCACUAUUCAAACCAAAAGUACCAGCCAUGGCAGCAUCAGCUGCGACUUCUUCCAUGGAACUUGGAUCCACGAAGAGUCCUAUCCUCUCUAUGACUCCCUAAGCUGCCCGUUCAUCGACCCGGAGUUCGACUGCCAGAGAAAUGGCCGCCCUGAUAACCUCUACCUCAAGUAUAAAUGGCAACCUGUUGCUUGUGAUCUCCCAAGAUUUGAUGUGAAGGACUUUCUGACGAGGUGGAGAGGGAAAAACAUAAUGUUUGUUGGCGACUCCAUUAGUAAUAAUCAAUGGCAGUCUCUGCUCUGCAUGCUUCAUUCUUCUGUUCCAGAUUCCAAGUUCUCCAUUGAUAGGAAGGAUCCUCUCUCUUCAGUAACAUUUGUGGACUUUGCUGUCUCCAUAUCAUUCUAUCGAUCACCAUAUCUGGUAGACAUCUCAACCGAGCCCGUCGGGCGAGUCCUCAAUCUCGACUCAAUAUCAGGCGGCGGAAAAUGGAUCAAUUCAGACCUACUCAUCUUCAACACAUGGCAUUGGUGGGUUCACAAAGGAGCAGAAAGCCAAGGCUGGGACUAUAUCCAGUAUGGAGACAAAAUUUUGAGGGAUUUAGACCGCCUGGAAGCAUUUUCUAAGGGGCUAACUACUUGGGCCAAAUGGGUGGAAUCCAGUGUCAACACUAACGUUACAACAGUCUUUUUCCAGGGGAUAUCUCCUGUACAUUACCGAGGGAAGGAAUGGGGAGAAGCUGAAGCUAAAGAUUGUGGCGAACAAACAGGGCCUGUAAGCGGAUCAACGUAUCCAGGUGGAUCUCUUCCUCAGCAAAGCGUAGUUAGUAAUGUGUUGGAGAGUAUAAAGAAGCCUGUCUAUCUGCUUGAUAUCACCUUUCUUUCCCAGCUAAGGAAAGAUGCCCACCCUUCUUCCUUCAAUGGAGGCCGCUCCGGAGUGGACUGUAGCCAUUGGUGUCUUGCCGGACUUCCUGAUACAUGGAACCAGAUCCUAUAUGCAGCUCUCCUUCGAUGAUUCUUGUACUCAAAAAGAAAAAAAGAAGAUUUACAUAAA